AUGUCUGAUAACAGCAAUAAUGGUAAUGAUCAUCCUCUAUCCAUUUUAGUUCCCCGGAGACGUGUUCCACCCAGUUUCAGCCAGUCAUUAGAUCCAUUGCAUCCGAAUAAUAAACUUCAUUAUAACAAUUAUCUAUCUCGAGACACCAUGAUCAGUAAUAAUAAAGAUGUAUCAAGAAACAGUACUUUGAAUUCGGUGGACACAAUGGAAUCUGUUGCAUCAGAAAAUAAUUAUGGAAAAUGUAAUACUAGUAAUAGUACCAGUAGGAAUAGUACCAGUCGAAAUCAUAGUCGUACGAAAGAAGAAGAAGAUGAUGAUGAAGAAGAAGAUGAAAUGUAUGAUAUCGCACUGGCAAUUUUCCAGAAUAAGUUUAAACGAGUUACUUUUAAAGAAUAUGCCGAUUAUUUAGGACAGAAAGAACAUUAUCGAAUACUAUGCGAAUAUAUUCAAAUGUUGAAACCUUUACCUUUGUCACUAGCUUCAGUACUCAUUCAAUUAUCCAGUAAUAUAUAUUUUAUUGCCGAGGCUCAAAAUAUCGAUAGAAUAUUAGAACAGAUAAGUAAAGAAUGGAUUGCAGAACAUCCAGACACACUUUGGGAUACAAAUUAUGAAAUUGUACAUAUUAUUCUUUUUUCCAUUCUAAUCUUGAAUAGUGACUUACACAAUGAGCAUAUUAUUCGUGGUAAGAAGGAUAAAUUUUCUGCUCAAACAUUUAUAGAGAAUACUUGGUAUGCUAUUGAAAAGGAAGUGAAGACUAAUUACCAAGAAAUCGAUUUAGAUAGCAUCAAACAACAAGCAGCCAUAUUGUUUAAGGAAUACUAUGAAAUUUUGAAGAGUAAUCCAUUGCCAUUAUUCAAGGGACCAAGACGUAGUUUCUCAAAUUCUCGUAGAAAUUCUUUAAACUUAUCAAGAAGAAAUUCACUGAGAUCAAUGUCCCAUGUGAAGAAAAUGAGUUCGGCAAUGUCUGACUAUGAAGACCAUAAUUCACGAACUGAAUCAAAUACAAGGACAAGAUCACAAUCAGUCAACGUUUCUAAUACUUUAUCAAGAUCCAACUCUAUCUCCUCAAGGAAGACAGUAAAUUCAACUUUUUCGAAAGGAACUGCCAGUUGGAAAUAUAAACAUAAUCAACCUUUGCCACAAUUAUACAUUAAACAAUCCUUUGAUGAGAAUUUAAAUCGGAAGAACAAUACAAUGUGGCUCAUGGAUUCUAUCAUCAAGAUCAAUGAAAAGGAUUUGAACAAGAUGACAAGGAAAAGGAAUAAUACUAGUCGGAAUCAAGAAUCUAAUGGGAGCAACAAUAAUUUGGCCAUCAACUCCGAUAAUGCAAGUAUAACAACAUCUACAUCCGCAGUAUCAGCUGUCUCCUCUACAGUGAAAUCCCAUUCAAAAGGGAUUUUUAAUUGGUUAAGAAGAUCAAAGGGAAAAACCAUGUAUCAUGACUCAGGUAAAUCAAUGACAUAUUUAGAUAAUUCCAGCAGAUGGACGAAUGCUAGGAUACGGGUUUCUGAAGGUCGUAUAUUUAUAUUCAAGACGAAUAAACCAACUAUUGCGAGUAAUAAUAGUAGCAAUAAAGAUCGGCAGUCGUCUGUUGGAUCAACACAUAGUAGUAAUAUAACUCCACCUCCACAACAAAAAUCUCAAUCAUCAUCUUCAAAUAACAGACUCUUCUCAAAUGGUUCAACAUUAUCAUUGCCAAUGACUUCUAAAAGUUCCAACCCUAAUAAAGAAACUAAAGAUCAAUUUCGAAAUUUAGGAUGUGUUGUACUGAAUUUAUUUGAAUGUACUGCAUCAGUUGUUCAAGAAAAUAUAAUUACAGGAAACCAAUCUAAAAGGGCUAAUUUUACAUUAACAUUUCCCAAAAAUCUCAAUGGUGUUCAAACAACCUUGGAUUUUGAGACCCCAAAUUUUCAAUCAGCUCAUGAUUUUGUAGAAUGUUUGAAUUUUUGGGCAGGUAGGUUAAGUCCUGUCCCUGUAGAACAAUUUGAAAUCGUUUCUAAUGAAGAGUACGGUUGGAGUUCCAAAAUUUUGGAUGGUGAACACGCGACUUCACAGUCACUAAAUAAUGUCCAUCUGUGUGAGUGGAAGCCGCUACUAACGAUGGAACUAUUCUAUGAUCAUAUGGAUGAAAUCCCUGGUAAACUUCCACUUGAACAGAAGAUCGAUGAAUUAAAAAGCUGUACCGAUAGGUUAAGUAAGUUAAUUGAUGAACACAACGACUUAAAACCUAAAAUUAUAAGCGUAUGGGAUCGUUCUCUCAAUUUUGAUAAGGUUAUGGACAAUUGGAAUGCCAAAUAUCUUUUCUUGAAUAGCCAAUACAAUAAGAGAGUAAUAUAUUUGGUUGCUUUAGAAGAAGCUUUAAAGACUCUCCAAGACAGAGAUGUUUUUGAGGAGUAA